AUGAUACGUGGUGACCUCUACCGGCCUUAUGAUGUUCACCUCGUGGAAGAGAGGGAUCGCUGCAAGGCCGCCCUAUGGCGGUUUAAUAAUGCCUGCAAUCCUAUUUCGGGGUUAAGCACUAAGGAGCAAAGUCGGCUACUGAAAGAAGUGCUUGUUCCUCCAGGCUCAGUUAUCAACUCACCCCCUGGUUUGGCUUCAUCUCGUUCGACAGGGUCGUUAGGGCAAGGUGCUAUUGUUGAGGCACCUUUCUACUGUCAUUAUGGAUACAACGUGCAUAUCGGUGAAGAUGUCAUGGUCUCAGAAAACUGCUUGUUUGUUGAUGACUGUCCUGUAACCAUUGGUGCCCAUACCUGGAUAGGUCCCCGGGUUACCAUACUUACAUCAAUGGCCCAUGCUAAUAUGCAAGAACGCAAAGGCUCACAAAGCCGAUAUCAAGGGCGCCCUGUUACAAUUGAGGAAGAUUGCUACGUUGGGGCUGGCUGUACAAUCUAUCCUGGUGUUCGACUACGACGCGGGGCGUAUGUCGCUCCUGGAGAGGUAGUAAAGUCAGACAUUGUAGCCUAUGGUUUCCAGGGACUAAAGCCAAGUUAUAUGUGA